UCAUCGUUCGCUUCCAAUGAUUGUAUGAGUUUUUGCCGACGUCAAUCACCGCCUAAACAAUUACAUUUUUUGGUUGUUCUUUCUUGUUGUGUCGCAUCGAUUCAGAUCAUCAUUUCUAUCACCAUAAAAUUGUGAAAAUGCUUGAGACAAUUUACUCGUUACCAUUUUUGGUGUUGGAAGUUCCCAAUUUGAAGAUUAAGCAGCCGUCAUGGUUUCAUGCCCCAUCGGCUAUGACCAUAUUCUCAUUUGUGUUGCUGUCGUACUUUUUGGUUACUGGAGGAAUUAUUUAUGAUGUCAUUGUAGAACCACCGUCGGUCGGAUCAACAACAGAUGAACACGGUCACUCAAGACCAGUUGCAUUCAUGCCUUAUCGCAUCAAUGGUCAAUACAUCAUGGAGGGUUUAGCCAGCAGUUUCCUAUUCACGAUCGGCGGUCUGGGAUUCAUCAUUAUGGAUCAAACGCACGCUCCCGGCAAGCCCAAACUCAAUCGCAUUUUAUUGACCGCGAUGGGUUUCAUUUUCAUUUUGCUGUCAUUUUUCACCACUUGGAUCUUCAUGCGAAUGAAACUUCCUGGUUAUUUACAACCAUAGAGCCAAUGACACAUUAUGAAAGUUGAUGUCGAAAAACUCGUAUAAAUCAAUUAAUAAAUAAAUCAACAAAUUCGAAUAACUAAUAAAUAGUAAGAGAAUGCGUAUUCCUUUUCGAAAGUUGUAAAUGCAAUAAAUAAACAUCCAAGUAUCUUGUGACGACAACUGUCAAAGAUUUGUAUUUCUUUCAUACAUUCGGCUAAGAGAAUUUAGAACAAAGGUUAUAUUCUACUGCGUUGCACACAUACAGCGAAUUCCGUUAUUGGUGGAAGCGAUACCAAUACAAUCAAAGCAUAUUAAACAUUGGAAGUGACAUUUGUCCGUUGAUUUGUAUAUGCAACAGCACAUUUGCAACCACAGCACAAUCGACGUGAUUUUCACUUUUUCGUACUUCUGAACACCAGUUUUAAAGCAAAAAUGAGCAAAUCAACGGGACGAUUUAAUUUGCGAACGAGAAAAUCGUUGAAAAAUCAACUCGAGUGCGUUUCAUGCAAACGAAACUAUUUUCCAAUGGAGCUUUCCGAAGAAGAUGAGAAUAACGAGCAAACAGAGAACAUUUGUUGCGAUUGUGAUGGAAAACGACAGACCGAACUGCAGCCGAAACGACGGACGAUUUCAAUCAAGGUGGAAAAAACUGACUCGAAUGAUGCUCAAUGCCAAAAGCCCCAACCAAAUGGAAGCAAGGUCUAUGCAACACGCAAAAGUAGCAGCAGCUUGAACCCUGGCAGUAUGGUCCAAAUACAUUCUAUCGAACUUCUCAAACCAACGGCAGCCAUUACAAAUGUGACAAACAUUCCUAGAUUGACCAAAAUCAAAGAAGAAAAAUUGGACAUCCCGCUGAAAGAGGUUAUGAAGAGCGGUAGAAGCAACAGAGCACUUAGAAACAAAACAAACACGAUGGAAACAGCAAAUGAUCAAGGUACUGUUCAGCAAAAACAUCAAACUGUGAUCACAAAAGACGAUACGGCUGAAUCUUUGCGCCAAAAAUUUCCAAAUGUCAACCAAUACGAGUUUGAGUAUUUGUUGUUCCUCAAAGCCAAAUCUGAUUGAAGUCUUUAUCGACCGAAUGGGAAAGUGUUCGAGAUACACAACCAUGUAAAUUUUUAAACAUCGUUCCAUCAUUAUUCAAGUAAAACUUGACUAUAUUUAAGAUAUAUAUUUAAGAGUUUUUUAUUCGAUUGAUGAUUGUGAUAGUCACCAGAAAAACAGUCGGAACACACCAUAAAAACUAUCGUUAGAAAUUACUUUUAAUGAUUAUUUUCCGUAAAAAUAAAUACAAUCAAUAUCAACUACACUAUCGUGCAAAAGUUUGGAACCACUAGGUAUUUUUCAUACAAAUUGACCGUUUUUGGUGGACUCAUUAACAUAUUUCGGAAACACCUGCACUCUUGAUAUUUUGUGCAUAGUUUCUACAACGUUUCAAUAGUAAAACACAGAGGUUUCAUCAAAAAAUAUUCAUGAAUUUCAAAAAUAUAGCAAUUUGAAUUUGUACUGUGUGAAAAAUGAUCAAAUUUGUAUGAAGAUUAAAACAGAUCAAAUUCAAAUUGAUAUAUUUUUUAAAUACGUGAAUAUUUUUUGAUGAAACCUCUGUGAUUUACUAUUGAAACGUUGUAGAAACUAUGCACAAAAUAUCAAGAGUGCAGGUGUUUCCGAAAUAUGUUAAUGAGUCCACCAAAAAUGGUCAAUUUGUAUGAAAAAUACCUAGUGGUUCCAAACUUUUGCACGGUAGUGUAUUUGCAGAGAUCACUCAUUUUUUAUUUUCCAUGAUAAAGUACCAUAUAAAUGGAAAAAAGUUCCUGGAGGUUAAAUGAAAUAUGACUUUUUGUCAGAAUAAUAAUGAACAAGGUUUCGUCAAUUACUAUUCAUAAGUAUUUGAAAAAACAACUAUUUCUUAUCUUCUAGGAUCAAUUCAUGCCGAUUUUCGAAUGAUAGUAGGCUAUGCGUAAAAAAGAUAUAUUAGUUGUGGUUCUGAAUAGAGUUGUCUAGUGCACCAAACUUGAUUGCGCUAAGCCAGCCAAAGUUCAUUUUGUGCGACUGAGUUAUUUCAAUUCACGCCCACAUGAACUAAUUUAUUGACUAUUUUUCUAGAUAAAGAAUUCGACCAAUUAAUUAAGUAACAAUUUGUAAACUAAUUAUUGUGUCUACAUCCAGAUACAGAAAGGAAUUCAAAUAAAACGAAGAGGAAAUAGUA